CGAUAUCACUGCCUGCUGGUACCCAUUUCCUCAUUUUGCCAGACUCGAGAAAACCCCAGUAUCAAUUGGUAUCAUCACCAAAUCAUUCCAGCCAGCCCUGCAUUCUCUCGCAAAGGCAACUUUCUCAUCCGAUCCAAUAACUGAGCGUCCAGGGAAGUCGACUGCUCGCAGAUAUUUCGUCUAUCGCAGCGAUUACUAUAAGACUGAAACCCUGACUUCGAGUCUUUCCGUAAAUUUCUCAUCGACUGACGACAAAGACGGGACUCGGGGCCCGGCUGCCUGGCUUUGUACUGUGUGGUGUUUGGACAUUAUAUCUCAGCACGUUUUUGGAUACAGCAACACCGCGAUAUUGACGACAACGGACGGUUCCUCCAACUCGACUCUGCAAUACCAUGCUCUCCAAUCCGCCCCACAUGAGCGGGCUUCACUCUCGCCAGCGCCAACACCGGCGGCAGAACUCGACGCCUUCGGCCUUCGAUGUGGUAAAGAUCGCACCACUCCCCAGUCCUCAAAAACGCCGCCCAACAUCACACCGCCGCGGCCUCAGCCUAGACACACGGGGGGAACACCUCCCUCCUGCACCGACAACGACCAGGCAGGAAUACGUCUCGGUAAGUAUGCCUCCACCUAAUACAGGGCCACCAUCAACACCGCGGCAUGAACUGCGAGACACGCAGCAACAACACACAGCACGCCCGAGCCACGUCCAGCACACCUCCAUAGCCCAAGACAUCAGCGAGGGCUUUAUCCACUCGCCACAAGUUACACCACAAAGCCGGCGAUUUGCGAAUGGAGAAGCCAGCCAUGACCAUCAGGCCGACUUACACGACCUCCCGUUCGACCCAUUUUCAGCGUCUCUUAGUCUGUGCGAUCGCUCAGUGUUCGAUCGCUCAGUGAACCGCCUGAAUGAGAACGGCAUUGACGUUUCAGUUGACAUGGAGUUCUAUGGGCGAGAGAACACCAUUUCCACGCCGUCUUUCAUGACCUUCCCCGACUCAAGCCCAGCGGACACAUGUCCAGGGUGGGUUUCGGAGACCGACACGGCAAGCAGUCACUCGCAGCGUUCAUCCAGGCGGAUCAGCAACGGGAUUAUGGACAAGGUCGCCAAGUUCGAGGUUCUGGGGAGUGAACUGAAUCCCUCGCGGCCCUGCACGCCCAUUCAUCAGACCACGAACGAUCGUUUUCCUCAGACCCCAGUUGGGACGGUCAUAAAACAGGAGCCAGCAUCUGUUCUGCCUCCAAACAGAUUCUCCGAGGGUUACGACGAGUCCAUGGAAGAGACACUGAAACCUGUCCGCAACAAUAGGACUGACAACCGUACGUCGGGCACAUUUCAAGACUUGCGCCGGCAGGCUGAAGCCAUGGUUCAUACGCCACCUCGGGCGAACACGAUCCCGAUGGCUCUGACGAACCAAGGGCUCAGGACACCCGAAUUCAUGAACAUGCGUACCAUCAGUGCCGAGUUCCGCAAGCUUGAGCGCGAGUUUAGCAGCAUUCCAACAAGCCCGGUGGAGAUACCGGCUAUAUACUUGUCCACGAAGUCGAACCCCGUCUUCCCCAAUAAGCCCGAGCUCCAGCCAUUGGACCGCGACUUCAAGACAGUCCCUGGCUCGCCAUCACUGAGCAGUAGAACUGCUUCACGGCGCAGCUCGCCGCAUCGCCGAACUGAAUCCAUCGCGUCGCUCACAAGUGCAGCCAGCAUUGCGGACAUCAACAUCGAGGAGACCAAGACGGAAACCGGUGUCACGUUGGAGGAUAUUGCAGCUUUCAUCCAGGGCCCCGAUCCAUCCGACGGGAAGUGGCGAUGCCUGUACGAAGGGUGCAAUAAGCCCUUCGGCCGCAAGGAGAAUAUCAAGAGCCACGUCCAGACACACCUGAACGACAGGCAGUACCAGUGCCCGACAUGCAAGAAGUGCUUCGUCCGGCAGCACGACCUCAAGCGCCACGCGAAGAUCCACACCGGCAUCAAGCCCUACCCAUGCGAGUGUGGCAACAGCUUUGCGCGCCACGACGCCCUCACCCGUCAUCGCCAGCGAGGCAUGUGCAUCGGCGCAUUCGACGGCAUCGUGCGCAAGGUCGUAAAACGUGGGCGGCCCAAGAAGAUCCGACCGGACAUGGACGAGCGGCGGGACAAGGCCGAGCGGACCAGGCGCAAGAACAAGGUUAGCUCGGCCAACUCGACCAGCAGCCAGUCCGGAUACUCCGACGUCUCGGCUGCCAACUCACCCUACAACGACUUCGAUGGCCUCCUCGACGACGACCAGUUCGCCAACAUCCUCUCCGCCAUCCCCAACCCGACCUCAAGCACCAUGAAUCCAACAAGUCUCGCCGUCUCGACCGCCGCAAUGCCGGCCACCAUACCAGGCAGCAUGGCCGAAGUUCUCUCCGCCCUCUCUCCUUCCACAAUAAGCACCUACAGCCACGCCAGCACAUCCGAACCGCAAGCCAUGACCACCAGCAUGACUACCCCCGACCCUUUAACGCUCCCUGCGCCCCGAUCACCAAGCGCGACAGUAACAGAGUACAACAGCCCACCCUCCCCCACAAAAUCCGUCGCCAGCCAAUACACACAAACGACAACAACCCACCUCCCGGGCUCCCCGCCAGAUCUCUCCUCCCCGCAGUCCCCUCCGCCUUUGCUCACCUCUUCAUCUGACGGCGACGCCGAUCCGGAUGCCCAGUUCUUCGAUCUCGACCAGCUUGACCGGAACAACAGCAGCGUCUUAUCCGACGCGAGUAUCGGGCUGGGCACAACCGUCGCUGCCCAUGCUGCCGCUGCUGCUGCUGGUGGGGUUGGCGGUAUCCCGGGGAUUGAUGCUGGUGAUAGCGCCGAGAUGCUGUUGGGGUUCCAUAUGGGCGCGGCGUCGGUGUGUGGCGGUGAUGGGGAGGGGUUUGUGCUGGCUGAUGCUGGCCAUCAUGGGUUGCACUGUCAUGCUCACCUUGGGCAGGGAGGGGUGAUGAAGUUUGAGGACGACUUUGAUCCGGUUAGCAUGUUCACUGGUGGGGAGGAUGUGUUCUUUGGAACGGCUUAG